AUGGCGGACACAGUUGAAGAGACCAAGCAGUCUGUCUCCGGAGAGGGAAACGCGGAUGCCAACGCCUCGGUAGGCGCAAAGGGCAGUGCGGAAUCAUCGAGUAAGAAAACCGAAAGGAAGACGCCGAAGAAGCUGGGCGGAAAGAAGCCUCAACAGCAGCCCACUCCUGACGCCACUCCUGCCCCCGAAAGCGAUGGCGAAGGGAAAGCUGAGCAAGAGGACGCAGAAUCCAAGAAGCAAACCAACGGCGGCGACGCUGACAACGAAUCCGACGAACCCCAACAAGAGAAGUCAAAGUCGCAAUCGAGACGCCGCCAGUCGCGUGGCCGUGGCCGACGGGGCGCAGACUCCGGUGCCGAGUCUGAUGCGCGAUCCGACGUGUCCCAAUCUGGAGGCCGUCGCAACCGCCAGCGCCAAAAGAAGGGCGGCAAGGGCGGAGGUCCGCUAGACGACAUCACCGAGAACGUCCCUGGAGGCGAUGCCGUUGGUGGAGCCGGCGAAAUGGUCCAAAACACUGCUGGUAACGCCGUCAACCAAGUUGGCGACACCGCUGGCAAGGCUCUCGGAGGUCUCACUGGCGGCGGCGGCGGUGAAGAGGAGGGUGGAAAGGACGGAGGUGAGCAGCUGAGGCUGCGCCUGGAACUCAACCUCGACAUUGAGAUCCAGUUGAAGGCCAAGAUCCACGGUGAUCUCACGCUUGGAUUGCUGUAA